GAUACAACGAACGGUAACUCCGUUUGUUUACCUCACAGUCUGGCCGCUUGGCUUUGUUAAAAGUUAAGGUUCAUUACUUAUGUAUCUGUGAAGGAACCAUGAAUAACGACGCUGUCGUGAUGUGGCUCCUACCUGUGUCUCUUUUUCUCCUUAGAUGUGCACCAUCUUCUGCUCGUACACUGACGUUUAAAGAUGAUCGUUGCGGUGGAGCAUACAAUCCGUCACCAAAAGAGAGCUUGAUGGUAACUCACACUGGGGCCCCAUUGUCCAGCAUAUGUCGGGAUAUGACAUUCAGUGGCUGGGACUAUGAUGAUCGUGUCGGACGGGAAGUGUGUGUAAGAGUAACGGACUAUAAAAUGGACUGCUCCCAGAAGUUGGAAUACAGAGAGGGCACCAACAGAGGCAAGCCAUCUAAAAGUUAUGACUGCAAUGAUGAGGCAUAUACUAUUCCAAUACUCUGCACGUUUGAGCUUUUAUAUAUUCGGAUAGAGGGUGACGAACCGAAGGACAACACACGAGUACUUUACACGGUGUACAGCGGACAAGAAAAGCCCAGUGAAGAAGAAUCAUUCUCAAUUUUUGCCAUUCUUGGUCCCCUGAUACUUUUGGCAGUGUUUGUUUGUAUGUGUAUAUUCGCUUAUUAUAUACGCCGGAAGAGAGCCCUUCAACUUCCGAACCGGGGAGGGGCGGCUUUAUAUAACCCCGGCCAACAACCACAAGUCAACGUACAUCACUACUAUCACACAGUUCAAAAUCAGGACGUCCCCUCAAGUCAGAACCCGGGCCAAGGCCAGCCUUACCCCCCGCAAGGGUACAGCAUGCCAUCCCAAAUAUCCACACAGUUCCCAAAUUACGCCACCCCUAACGCACCUGUUGCGUACCCGUUAGCUCCCGGACAACAAAUAAUCCCCCCGCAGUCGGCCACAAGCGCCCAGUCAUCAUCCGGUGGUCCGCCAUCGUACGAGGAGGUCACGAAGCAAAAGCUGUGAUGUAGCACAGAGACAUACAAAAGCUGUGAUGUAGCACAGAGACAUAUACUAUUUACCAUCUAGAAGAAGAGCAUAAAGCAGAGUAUGCAACAAAUGUAAACGAAACUGCGACUGGAUGCUUUCUCUCAGUGACCUUGAAGUUGCCUUUUCGAACUCUAAUUUUUAAUAGCAUUUCUAAAGACAUUUGUUUCAUACAAAUUAUUACAUGUUAUGUGUAAAGUUUUAUUUGCUGUAGCUCGCUCUUCAUCUAUUAUAAGCUGUUGUUGUGUUGUUAACAUUUUGUAUAAUUGUACAAUUUGUAUAUUUCUACCUUAGUUGUUCUUGUCACUUUUAUUUUUAUACACGUAUACUUAAUGUUGAUCCUGUUACGAUAUUACUAUAUUUACAGUGUAACUAUUACCAGUAUUUUAUCAUUAAACAGAAUAUUUUACCCUAAUCUGUCAGUCUGAUCCUGUACAGAUAUAGGAUUAUCAAUAGU